AUGGUCUCCUCCAAGCUGUUGACUGGCGUUAUCGUCUUGCUGUCGGUUGGCGCCGCCAAGGGCAAAGUGUGCUAUCCGACUCGCUCCACUACGUUGCCAACAACGGCUGAAACCACCACCUCGACUGUCGAGUCUUCGACGGCUACUGAGUCAUCGAUUGAAAUCAGCUCGUCUUCGACCACCGAGUCCUCAGGUGUCGAAACUACCACUGCUUCGACUACUGACUCCUCAUCUGCCGAAACAACCACAUCCUCCGCUACGGAAUCCACAACGGCUACAUCGACUGUCAGCACUGAUGCGACAACCACUGCCACAUCCUCUUCAGCUGAAACAUCUUCAACCUACAUCACCAUCACUUCGACAACGGCAAGCUCGACCGAGACCGAGACCGAGACCGCAAGCACAUCCACUUCGACCUUCUUCCCUGCUGGUCUAUUCCCAUGCCAAAAUGAUGCGGACUGCGACCUGCGUGGCGGAGUGUGCGAUCCCAUGCGCUGCGGCUGUAUCAACCUGAUGUGCUACCUCAAGCCGACGACGAUGGCAACAAUGACCACCACCGCCUUGCCCGAAUUUGCAUGUGGCAGUGAUACUCAAUGCGUAGGUGCUUCGUUCUGUUUGGAUCAGGGAGCCAACAUCUGCGCCUGUGUCAACGCUCUUUGCAUCGUGACGGUGCUCCCUUUGCCAUAA